GAACACUUCCAUCAAUCAAAACGUAAACACCCACCCAUGUGUUGGUGUCUGCCGUGACCGUAUAUAUAUUUACGCAGAAGUGUGCCUGACCGCAAGGACAUCAUACCCUCGCAACGAGAUCCAACCGAAGGCACUUGGCUAUCAACUGACCAGUCAACAAAAGCGCUAUGAACGGAGAAACUAAUUUUGACAUGAUUGCAGGCAUGUAAUGGGGUGGUAGCAGACAGUCAGGAUAACCUUGACGUGUACGUGAUGGAUCCAAAGACCCCGAAUGAGGAUGAGGACGAGGAGUAUGUUGAGGUCCAUGAUGAGUUCUGUGACCCCCAAAAUCCACAGGUCAUCAAGUUCCAGGACAUCAGUGCUGCUGCCUACAAGAUCAAAGGGGGCAUCCAGAAAACACCAUGCACUAAAUCUCAGAUGUCCAACUUGUUUGGAAUGUCACUCUACUUCAAGAAGGAGUUUCUGCAGUACACAGGGAGUUUCAAGGAGCGAGGAGCGAGAUACACUCUGCUACUGCUGUCUAAUGAACAGAAGAAGAAGGGGGUGAUUGCAGCCAGUGCCGGUAACCAUGCUCUGGCACUGUCAUUUCAUGGCAAUGACCUUGGCAUCCCAGUCACUGUCGUCAUGCCAAUUGUGGCACCGCUCAUGAAAGUGUCCGCUUGCCGACAUUAUGGUGCCAAUGUGUUAGUGAAAGGACAGGACAUUGCUGAGUCCAAGGUAGUGGCAAUGAACAUUGGAAAGAAGAAUGAUCUGCUGUACAUUAAUGGGUACGACCACCCCCACAUUCUGGCCGGCCAGGGGACGAUGGGGCUGGAGAUUGUGGAGCAGGUGCCUGACCUCGACGCCUGUAUCAUCCCUGUCGGAGGGGGUGGGCUCAUUGCAGGGACAGCGCUGGCCAUCAAGAGCCUUCAUCCAAAUGUGCAGAUCAUCGGUGUGGAAUCUGAAAAAUGUGCCAGUUUUGCAGCAGCUCUUAAUGCAGGGAAGCCUGUCUACACUAAAAUUACCUCCACCCUUGCUGAUGGUUUAGCAGUGCCAGAAGUUGGCGUAAAUGCCUUUGUAACAGGGAAACCCCUUAUCGACAAAAUGGUUCAAGUCAAAGAGGAGAACAUUGCUAUUGCCAUCCUGCGUCUGAUUGAGCUGGAGAAGGCGGUGGUUGAAGGGGCUGGAGCUACAGGGCUUGCAGCCAUUGUUGAGGGACUGCUUCCAGAACUGGCUGGCAAAAAGGUGGUUGUGGCCCUUUGUGGUGGCAACAUAGACACAACGGCUCUGGGACGGGUCAUAGAGAGAGGCCUCGCUGCAGAUGGCCGAUUGGUCCGAUUUGUCGUCACGGUUACCGACAGACCUGGAGGCAUAGCAGAGCUAACCCGUAUUAUAGCAGACAAGGGAGUCAGUAUCAAGGACAUAUUCCAUGAGAGAGCUUGGCUGAAAAGUGAUGUCUUUGCAGUGCAGGUGAAGUGCGUUGUUGAAACACGAGACGCUGAUCACACCAAGGAGUUAGAGCAACUUCUACGCUCUCACUACAGCUAUGUAGCAUGGGGGCCGAUCUACUUCUAAUCUGUACUACAGCCCAACCUUACAGUAUAUCAGUGUAGCAAGGGCUGGGACAGGUAACCCGCAUACUUGGAUCGGGUGGGUGCUGAGUAGGACCUGGGUACCCACAGGAUUACCCGGACCCGUGGUUAGUCAUGUGAUAUUAUUAAUGACAAAAAAUAUCGAAAACUCUACGGUUACACUACAAGUCAGUAAUAUUUGCAUUUAUAUGUUUGAAAAAAAGAUAAAACUUCCGUCAACUUCAGUGUAUGCAUGACCAGAACGUUUUACAUGUGUAUCUAACUUUUCUAAUCAGACAGUUUUUGCCUAUCUCUUGAGACCUACAGCCGGGUAGGGUCGGGUGAUAGUAGGGUAGGUACCCAGUUAGUAAAUUUGAACUCAUCCCAGCCCUACAAUGUAGCAUCGACACCAACCUUACAGUAUAUUAAUGUAGCACUGAAACUAAACUUACAGUGUAUCAAUGUAGCAUUGAGACUUACUAACCAUAUGGUAUAUCAAUGUAGCACCGAGACCAAUCUUACAGUUUAUCAAUGUAGCAUUGACACUUACCAAGCAUAUGGUAUAUCAAUGUAGCACCGAGACCAGGAAGGAGGGUGCUCACACUUCAAGUUUGAAGUAAUCACAAUAUACAUUCAGAAAAUGUCCCAGUGAAAAGUAACACUGCUUGCAGUAUAACAGUAUGUAUCACCCUAUCAAUUCUACACAGUGCUACAUUGUGUCAUGGAUUGUUGCUUACUCAGUAAAACAAAGGUUUGUCUACAGGCUCAGUACAAUGUUACACAUCAUAUACAUGUUAUAUAUAGCUCACUUAUCUCACUCAACCAGUACAUCAACGACUAAUUGUCUGUUGUUUAACGCCGCACUCAGCAAUAUUCCAGCUGCCGGUAUAUGACUGCGACCUGUAAGUAAUCAAGUUUGGUCCAGACAAUCCAGGGAUUGACAUCAUGACCAUCGAUCCACGCAAGUGGGAUAUGACGACAUGCAUCAACAAGGUCAGCGAACCUGACCACCCGAUCCCAUUAGUUGCCUCUCAUGGCAAGCAUAGUUGCCUCCUACGACAAACAUGGGUUGCUGAAGACCUCUUCUCAUCACGGAUCUUCACGGGUCAGUUGACACAUGCAUUAGUGUGAAGCAUUUUCAAGUUUGAUGUGUAUCCUGGUGUUUGUUGUUUAAUGCAGCACCCAGCAAUACUCCAGCUAUGUGACAGCCUGUUUGCAUCAAGUCUGGACCAGAUAAACCAGUUUGUAUUGUGAGCAAUGUCUCAUGCCCUAAUGGUUACCACUCAAUCCAUUUUGUCGUAUCUUUCGACAAGCAUAGGUUGAUCCAACCCCAAAUCCCUACAGGGUUAUGUCUUGCAGCUUCAAAUUAAUAUUUACACAAAUACAUGUCAGUUAUGAAUGCAUUUACGUAUCUAAAUGAUUGUUGGUAACAAGAAGAAGGAAGAACAAUUUCAACCUAUAUUUCAUAUAUAACACUGACAUGCCCUUUCAUUGUAAGAAUGUUUUAUUUUGUUGUUAGCACAUUAUUGCAUGUCAUUGAUAUAUACCACUCCACUUUUGAUUGGGGUAUGCUUUGUCUCUCCAUCAUGCACAAAACUGAUUCUCAUGAAAUGUGUAUAUUCAGAUCGGAUGACAUAUCUGAUUAUUCCUUUCAAAAGUUGAGUGGUUCAUGUUGUCACUUGAGGCAGCUAAUCUGACUUCACCGUAAUGUCUACCUCACAUAGUGGAACUGUUGUGCUGAGGGAGCUAAUCUGACUUCACCGUAAUGUCUACCUCACCUAGUGAAACUGUUGCGCUGAGGGAGCAGGUCAAAGGUUGGAGGACUGAUUUUCACAUGCAUACCAAAACCAAAGAAAUGAUGAGUCGAGUUGAUGUUUAUUGACUUGAACUGUACAAAUUCUAAAACUUUGUUUUGUUGUAUUGAAAAUAGACAGACCUCUUCAACCCCCUGCCCUCUAAAUGAGGUAUUAAGACUUUACUCCAAUUUCUGAACGAUUUUCCCAAGUUCUACAAAGCUGUAAAGAAUGUGGUACAUUUCUAUCAGAAGUAUGUUGCGUGAAGUGUUUCAUGUUGCGAGUGUGGCGGUCGGGUAGCCUAUUGGUUGAAGCGUUGGCUCGUCAUGCUGAAGACCCAGGGUUGAUUGCCCACAUGGGUACAAUGUGUGAAGCCCAUUUUCCGGUGUGCCCCGCCAUGAUAUUGCUGUUAUAUUGCUAAAAGUAGGGUAAAACCAUACUCACUCACUCACUCAUAGUGCUAGUGUCUGACAGUAGGUAUUAGAUGCAGACACUAAAGCUGUGGCACUUCACAUUCAGAAUCUCAUAUUGCAAUAUAAGCUCAUUGUUUCUCCAGCCU